UCAACAGUCUCUUUUGGUUUAAGUUCCUUCCCAAGCACCCAGUAUCUUCGGCGGAAUUGCAAGUUCUUCCACUAGUAUUACGUUAUUCUGGCAGUUGCCUCCCGCAUAUUCCAGACAUGGAAACAUUAUAGGAUUCAAAGUGUUCUACAAAAAGAUAGGGUUCACUGGGUCAAUGACAGUGUCAACCAUUAGUGAUGGAACAAUCUUUCCUGAAGUUAUUAACGGCUUUGAUAAGUACACAGAAUAUGAAUUUCAAGUGUUGGCUUUUACAUCUCAUGGUGGGGGACCUAAGAGUUCUGUUUUGGUGGAAAGAACAAUGGAAGAUGAACCGAGUUAUGGUCCAGCUAAUGUUUCAUUUACUGAGGUGAACAAGACGAUCUUGAACAUUUCAUGGGCACCACUACCAAGAGAACACAGUAAUGGUGUCAUCAUUCUGUACAACGUCAAAGAAGAAUUGUUGUCUCGGGAUACACGUCAGAAAAGAUCUCCUCUGAGCAGCAAAUCAGUUAAUACAACAAACACACUCAUUUUAUUGAAUGGAUUAUUACUUUGUUCUCAAUACCAAGUGUCUGUUCGGGCUUAUACCAAAGUAGGGCCUGGCCCAUAUAGUCCACCCGUGGAUCUUCCAAGAACUUCAGGUAAGUAAAUAUGAUAAAGGUUAAAAUAGCGCUUUCAGAUUGAGGAAUUAAAACAAAGCCAGAGUGUAACUUCGGCUAAUAGGGAAAGAGGAAAGUAUCACACGGAACCGAAAGAUAUGUAAAGAGGUCAUUUUACCAUAUGACGCAUAUGGCCCACAGGGCCCCGCGCACCCCCUCAUCGUGAAACAUUAAAAAAUCCCGGCUAAAGUAUGUACAUGAUAGCUUGAGCGGGCCCCUGAAAAGCUGAAUUCCCUUGCGUGCUGCCCCACGAGAUGCUAA